AGUGCUACAGGUGACUGGACAUUCAUGUGUUUCCAUAUUCACACCAACAGCUCUCACUCUCUCUGACACACACACACACACGUGUGUGUGUGUCAGAGAGAGAGAUAAAACUGCUGUCUGCUGUGUUGGUGGUGAUCAUGUCACUGUACGUGUCAUCACUGAUAGACAGUGACCGUUUGUUUUUCAGUUUGAUAAAGUUUAAUUCAGGAGCUUUGUUCUGUUCCACAAACAGAAACUUUCUGCUCUGACCGUGAAGUUAGCUUCAGCCUGGUUCCUCCACAGAAAAUAAACAGUGAGCAGCUAAAGUUUCUGAUUCAGGUUUAGUUGAUCAGAUCAUCUUCACAGAUGAACACCACUGUUCUGAUGUUUGAAGCCUAAAUCCAACGUCCAGAAGUAAGAAGCUAAUGUUAGGCUAUAAACCAACUACACCACGGUCACAUGACGUCAAUGUCUCCACCACUAGGCUUCCAACUGGUCAUUUCAUUUAGCUCUGAGCUCUUCUACAAAAGCCUUUCUUCUUAGAAAGUUAGUGAGAGUUUGAAAGAGCGUGAGUAGAAACACAACGAGGCUGUAAAGGUGGACUGGUGAGUAGAUAGGUUUUCAUGUUAACGUCCCCGACAACCUCUGUAGUCUCAUUUAGACACUCGUUAGCAACCGCCUUUUUUAAGACACGUAAAAGCUUCAAACAUCAGGAGUGGGGGAUUUACUGACCCAUUUUAUGUCGGAGAAUAAAACCUGAAAAUGUCUUGAGCUUGUGUUAAAACCACAGACCUUAUUUCAGACAUUUAACCAGAAACACACUGACAACAGGAAGAGCUAACAUGCUAACAUGCUUACUUACUUCCUGGUUUUAGGAUCAGUCCUGCAGCUCUGUGUUCAGAUCAACUCUGAUGUCACCUCCAGACCAGUCAGAGGUCAGAGGUCAGACAGUUUAAAAUCUGCAGUAAACUCUUUCUAUAAAUCCUAAAUGUAAUAAAGUGUAUGAUGUAAGUGAUGAGUCACAGAGUGAUGUCAUGUCAUUACCUCCCACAGACUGGACCAGGUGGGCUGUGGUGUUUGUUAGUUACUGUUAAAGUCUGCUCUCCUCCUAUUGGCCCAGAGGUCUGUGACAUCAGAACAUGUUGCCAUGGUUACUGAAGUCACUGAGUCUGAGGUCAGAAAUAUCUCCUCUCUUCUUCUCCUCCACCUCGAUGGAAAACAUCAUGAGGUGAAGAACUGAUGACGACUGCACUGACAUCAGCUGUUUUUUUAAACCAACUUUAUUUAUAAUGUUGAAGACGAACAGAGACAAACUGCUGUCGGCUGCAGUUCAAUAAAGCUUCCUGUCCAACACUGAUUUAUAAGGAGAGAAAGUUGAACCAUUAAAAUAAAGAUAAAAAGGAACUGUGUGUCGGGUCCAGAUUAAAUUCAGACAGAAACAUAGAGUUUCCUGUUCUGACCUUUGACCUUUUUAUACAUUUGUUAAGAAGAGAAAAUGAUUUUUUAGAGAGGGAAUGAUUUCAUCAGUUUAUUUUGAAAUUGGCUUGCACCAGGCCCAGAGUAUCCUAUUUCGUUUCACCUCAUAUUCACAUGUGUUGGAAUGACAAUAAAGCUCCUUGAAUCCUUGAAUAAACACUGCUGCUGCUGCAAGGAAUUGUGGGACAUCAUUCUCUCUUUGCUUUGGUAAAGGAAGCUCCAGUGUCUCUGCUGAAGGAGAUAAGAGAGGAAGCAGUGAAGGAGACUCAGAUUCAGCUGCAAGUUAUUCAGUGUUUAGCCUCAGCUGAGCUCUGUGAUUGGCUGUCUGUCAGCCUCACCCUGGGAGUCAUAGUUGACUCCUUCAGCUUUGACUUUUCCUCAGAGAAUCUGAUGUUUACUAACAGACUCUGUCUCUGUUUCUGUUCUGAUAACGAACAACAAGGACAAACUGAUUCUGUAUCAGCUGAACGCUCUGUCCUGAUGUCUUGAUGUCCUGACGUCCUGACGUCCUGAUGUCUUGACGUCCUGACGUCCUGAUGUCUUGAUGUCCUGACGUCCUGAUGUCUUGAUGUCCUGCUGAUAGACGACACGCUGCAGGUCACACACACACAAACAGAAUUAGCAGAACUAGAAGACUGAACAGGAUGUCUGUUCACAGUCAGCUGACUGCACGUGCAGCCACUUACUCAUGACCUGGUGACCUCUGACCCCCUCCCACCCUGCCUCACCCCCUCCUGCCCCUCAGACUCUCAGAGACUCUGCAGCAGCUCAGAACAGACCUCUAAAAUCCAGAGAUUUUUGAUCCUGAGCACUGAGGAAGAAGGUGUCUGAUGAUGAAGUGAGGGGGGAGGAGCCUGGUUCUGUAUUGCCAUUGGCUGGAUAGGAUAGUGUGGGUGGGAGCUGAGCUCUGAUUGGCUGUUUGUUGUAUAAAAGGAGAAAAAGUUCAGAGUCAGAAAGUUUUUCUUCUUCAGAUGAACUUCACUUCAGUCUCUCUCUCUGAUUUUCCUGCUCCUCCUCAUCAUGGCCGACUGGACCGAUUGUCUGAACUUUGGCAUCUCUGUCGCCAAACAGGCCAGUGAGAUCGUCCUGUCGGCGUUUCAGCAGCAGAAGGAAGUGAAGCUGAAGAGUUCUCCGGCUGAUCUGGUGACGGAGACUGAUCAGAGAGUUGAGAAGAUCCUGAUCUCUGCCAUCAGGACCAAAUACCCACUGCACAGGUUCAUUGGGGAGGAGUCAGUAGCUACAGGUGAGUGUCUGGAGUGGACUGACUCUCCCACCUGGAUCAUUGACCCCAUUGAUGGGACCGUUAACUUUGUCCACAGGUUUCCAUUUGUGGCCAUCUCCAUCGCCUUCACUGUCAACAAACAGACGGAGUUUGGGAUUGUGUACAGCUGUGUAGAGGACAAACUUUUCUAUGCUCAGAGAGGAAGAGGAGCGUUUCUGAACGGAGAACGGCUGCAUGCCUCAAGACAGGAAGACAUCAGCAGGUGUGUGGUGGUGACGGAGAUCGGGGCAGAGCGUGAUGACCUCGCUCUGUCCACCAUGACCUCCAACAUCUUCAGACUCCUGAAACUACCUGUUCAUGGUGUUCGUGCAUUGGGCACGGCAGCGGUCGACAUGUGUCAGGUGGCGACAGGUGGAGCAGAUGCCUACUAUCACAUCGGGAUGCACUGCUGGGACAUCGCUGCGUCCGCCAUCAUCGUCCAGGAGGCCGGAGGCGUCGUCAUGGAUACGGACGGCUCAGAAUUCGACAUGAUGUCCAGGAGAGUCAUCGCUGCCAGCUCCGCAGAAGUGGCUCGUCGCAUCGCGCAGGUGAUCCAGGCGUUCCCCUGUCGCCGUGAUGAUGAGGAUCCCCACAGGUGUGUCUGUGGAGGUGUCAAUGGCGUGUAGGUCAGCUGACAGAAGGUGUGACAGAGGUGUUUCUGCAGAAGAUUCUCAUGUGUUUGAUGAAGUGUGAGCAGAUUUAAAAACUAAUAAAACCUGAGAUCAGUUGGACCUUGAACUCA